CUUGAGUGGUAGUGCGUUCUAUGACGUAAGUCAAGUCAGUUCCCCCCACUAUGCCUACUGAGAUUGUUGAUGACUCCUGGAGUUGGAGACCAAGGCGAAGUAUCAAAGUCUCUGGCAAUUUGCUCAAUUCGAACAGUCUGCUACUCUCUGCGGGCAACACUAAACAAGAUGAAGUUACUGAUUGCCGCGAUUUUUGCGGCGCUAUGCGUCGCGACGUUCGCCGUCGAUGUUCACGAGCACAACAAAGUAGUUUGCUAUUGGAAUUCUACAUCCUUCGAAAGAUCAGGCCCAGGAAAGUUCCAAGUGGAUGACCUUCGUCCAGCUUUGUCUCUCUGCACGCACCUGGUUUACGGAUUCGCUGGAAUUAAUGCCGAUACUCUCGAAGUUGUUCCGUUGAAUCCAAAUUUGGAUACCGGUGCUGGUUAUGCCUUCUACAGAAUGGUUCCCCAGUUGAAGAGAUCCUUCCCUGAUCUUAAGGUGUACCUGAGCGUUGGUGGUAAUGCUGAUCCCUAUGAGUCGACUCAUAAGUAUCUUCUAGUGACCGAGACGUCCGAGAACAGAAGGAAAUUCAUCAACUCCGUGGAAAAGAUCUUCAAUGAUUACGAAUUCGAUGGAAUCGACCUGGCUUGGCAAUUCCCAACAGUCAAAGUAAAGAAGAAUCGUGGAACCUUCAGUUCUCUCUGGCACGGAAUUAAGAAGACCUUUGGUUAUGGAAAGUUCAAGGACGACAAGGAGGUCGAGCACCGUGACGGAUUCACCCUCCUUGUCCGUGACCUCAAAACAGCUCUAAGGCCUAAAUUUAAGGACGUCACUGUUACUGUUCUACCUCACGUCAACGCCAGUAUCUACUACGACGCAAGGUUACUGGCUCCCAAUAUCGACACUGUCCAUCUCUGGAGCUUCGAUCAAAAGACGCCUGAACGCAAUCCCAAGGAAGCCGAUUACCCUGCACCCAUCUACGAGAGUUACGGUCGCGUCCAAGAGGACAACAUCAACAACCAAGUCAGGUAUUGGCUGGAACACGGUACUCCUGGCAGCAAAAUCGUCGUAGGAGUUCCAACAUUCGCGCGUACCUGGAAGCUCACGAGUGACAGUCAAAUAUCCGGUGUUCCUCCAAUCACUACCGACGGCCCUGGCGCGGAAGGUCCGCACACUGGAAUUCCAGGACUCCUCUCCUAUGCCGAAGUCUGCUCCAGGUUGACCGAAAGUGCUGUUGGUCGUUUGAGACGCGUCAACGAUCCUUCUAAAAAGUAUGGUAGCUACGCCUAUGAACCGUACAAUUCUGACGCCGGCACCGAUGGUAUCUGGGUUGGAUAUGAGAGUCCUGACACGGCCGGUAACAAGGCUGCAUAUGCCAAAGCUAAGGGACUCGGUGGUGUCGCCAUCGUCGAUAUUUCUCUGGACGAUUUCCGUGGAAUUUGCACUGGUGACAAAUUCCCUAUUGUCAGAGCAGCCAAAUACAAGUUGUAAACUAUGUUUUAACUGACAGACGGUCAUUUUCCUUUUUUAACUUCUUUACUAUUUGUUCUUCAUUCCUUAGACAUAAUAUAUAUAUAUGCAUUUCGUCAUGUCACUUUAAUGACAGUUUAAUGCCCAAUUAUAUUGGCUUAAUCAUGUUAUUAAUUAUAAUUUUUAAAAUCUUUUACAUGAAAGAAACCCAUAUCGAAUCAACAGCGUGAUCAAUAAAUCUGCUACCAAUCGA